AUGUCACCGCCAAAGCCGAGCCCAAGCGUGAAUGAGAUUGAGGACAAUGUUGAGGCGGUAUUGUCUCAUGAAAUCGACAAGGAUCACACUGACUACAGGCGAGUGGACAAGGAGCUCGCUCAAUACAUAUCGGAGGCCAGAAUCACCAUCAGCCCGGAGACGAACAAUGAAUUGCGCCGCAAGAUCGACCGGCGUAUCCUCACGGUCAUGAUCUCAACGUACUUCCUACAGGCUAUUGAUAAGGGGACAAUGUCCUUUGCUUCAAUAAUGGGUAUAAAGUCUGACACCCAUCUGGUUGGGCAAGACUAUAAUUGGUUGACAACAUGCGUAUUCAUCACCAUCCUCGUCGUUGAAUACCCACAGAACUACAUCAUUGCGAGAGUCCCGAUUGCAAAAUAUCUCAGCUUCAACAUCAUGGCUUGGGGCACAGUGUUGGCCUGCACUGCCGCAUGUACCAACUUUACCGGCCUUGUUGUUGUGCGGACGCUGCUCGGUCUCUUUGAGUCGGUGUGUCAACCAUCAUUUGUUGUCUUAUCUGCGAUGUGGUACAGAAGAGAGGAGCAAGCUGCGCGAGUGGCCUAUUGGUACAUGAUGAAUGGCGCUCAACAAAUCGUCGGCGGCCUUCUGGCUUACUGCUUCAGCCUAAUAACCACAGGGCCUUUACAGUCAUGGAAGUGGCUGUUUCUCGCUUACGGAGUCGUCUCUGUCGUCUUUGGUCUCUUCGUUGGGUGGUGGAUGCCGGACUCGCCGAUGCGGGCCAAAUGCUUCACUGAAGAGGAGAAGCGCCUCAUGAUCGAAAGAGUUCGCGACAACCAGACGGGCAUUCAAAACCGAGAAUGGAAGAAGAGCCAAUUCAUCGAAGCGCUCAAGGACCCUCAGAUUUGGGGAUAUUGCUUGGUCCAGCUGUGCACUACUCUGCCUACCUCCGGGCUCGGCGCGUUCCAGGGUAUCAUUAUCUCAAGCAUGGGAUUCACUGUUCUGCAGACUCAGCUCCUGGCCAUGGUCCUGGGUUUUUACAUCAUCAUCGUGCUCCUGGGUUCAACCUGGUUGGUGAAGCGAACAAAUCAGAAUCUCUACAUCAUGACCGUGUUCAUUAUCCCAUCAUUCAUUGGUACGAUUUGCCUCAUGACAGUUCCCCUCGACACCAGAAGCCAGAAGAUUGGUCUCGUUGUAUGCUAUAAUAUUACCAUGUCGUUCUGGGCGGCUCAGACGUUGGCACUGUCGAUGCUGUCGCGGAAUGUUGCCGGACAAACCAAGAAGAGUGCAGCUGUAGCCCUCAACUUCAUCUCAUGGGCAACUGGCAACGCGAUUGGCCCCCAGGUCUUCCUGUCUUGGGAUGCACCUCGAUAUUUCAUUGCCUUUGCUACCCAUCUUGGGUGCUAUAGCUUGCUUGUAAUUGUGCUUCUUGCCUUACGACUCUACCUUUCAAGGGAGAAUAGAAGGCGAGAUAACCUAGCUGCUUCUGGGGUGCGCGAGGCUCGAGAUGAGCGACUGGUACACGCUUGGGAGGAUUUGACGGAUCAGGAGAAUCCCAACUUCCGCUAUGUUCUCUAG